CCAGAACUGGUAGCGACGGCGGUAAGCUGGUCGCGUAAUCCGUAAGUGUGCAGAGUACGUCACGUUUUUAAUAGUUAAUUCAAGCGAAUAGAUAUAACCGUUUGAACUGACACGAUCUGAAUCAUUGGCAGUGGUUCUUCCAUCAUGCUAAUUUGAAAGGAAUACCUGAAAAGAAGAAAUAUUAAUGGAGCUUUCUGUAAUCAAAUUAUUUUUUAUUUAUUUUUCUACCAUUUUAUUAUGUACAUUAGCCCAAAAUAGUCGAAUGCAUAGAUCUGAUCAAGAACAGCAAAGUUCAUUUCUACCUGAUGUAUCAAGUAGUUAUCCAAAUAAUUGGCCAUAUGAAUAUGAACAUAGUAGGUACUCAUCACGUAGUAAUUAUGCUAGAAAAGAGGGUAGAAUUAAAAAAGUUCAACUCCUGCGAGAUAAAAAACCAAAUAUAAUUUUAAUCCUGACAGAUGAUCAAGAUAUUGAAUUAGGAUCAAUGAAUUUUAUGCCAAAGACACUAAGGAUCCUUGCAGAUGGAGGAGCUCAUUUUUCCAAUGCUUAUGUUACAACACCGAUGUGUUGCCCAUCUCGUAGUUCUCUCUUAACUGGUUUAUACGUACAUAAUCAUCAAGUUCACACAAACAAUGAUAACUGCAGUUCUCCUUGGUGGCAACAGGAACAUGAGACAAAAACAUUUGCUACUUACUUAAACAAUGCUGGAUACAGAACAGCUUAUUUUGGGAAAUACUUAAAUGAAUACAAUGGUUCCUAUAUUCCUCCUGGCUGGCGUGAAUGGGUUGCUUUAAUCAGAAAUUCAAGAUUUUACAAUUACUCAAUCAAUGUCAAUGGUAAUAAGAUCAAACAUGGAGAUAAUUACUUCAAGGAUUAUUACCCAGACCUGAUAGCUAAUGAUAGUAUCAAUUUCCUUCGUCGAUCUAAAAGACAUUUUGUUAAUAAACCAGUCAUGAUGGUAUUAUCCUUUCCAUCACCACAUGGUCCUGAAGAUGCAGCUCCUCAGUUUCAACACCUUUUUCAAAAUGUCACUACCCACAGAACACCAAGUUGGAAUUUUGCACCUAAUCCAGAUAAACAAUGGCUAUUACGUAACACUGGUAAAAUGGAACCAAUUCAUGUGAAAUUUACAGAUGUACUGCAUACAAAGAGGUUACAAACUCUUCAGUCUGUAGAUGAUGCUGUAGAAAAGUUAUAUAGGGAGCUAAGAGUUCUUGGAGAAUUAGAGAAUACAUAUAUUUUCUAUACUUCAGAUCAUGGGUACCAUUUGGGACAGUUUGGACUAGUAAAGGGAAAAUCAAUGCCUUUUGAAUUUGAUGUAAGGGUACCAUUUUUUGUUCGUGGUCCAAAAGUUCCCCGUGGAGCAAGGAUGCAAGAUAUUGUUUUAAAUAUUGAUUUAGCUCCAACAUUUCUUGACAUUGCUGGUGUUGAAAUUCCUGAUCAUAUGGAUGGACGUUCAGUUUUAUCACUUUUAAAAGAUGUUGAUGCUUGGGCAAGCUCAGGUCACCGCCACACAGAAGUUCGAAGAAAGAAGUCAUGGAGGGACACUUUUCUAAUUGAAAGGGGUGUGGUGCACAGCCAGAGGAAGAAUGCAAAAAAUUUGUAUCCUAGUAUUUCCCCCAUCUUUCCCAGGCUUACAAAAGACCAGCGAUUAGCAGUUGAGUGCAGGAAACCUCACUACUCUUCACCUUGUAAAUCAAAUCAGAAAUGGGAAUGCAUUCAUGAUGGAUAUAGAUGGAGAAUACAGAAAUGCCGAUUAUAUAUGCCAGGACCUCAGAAUUGCUUGUGUCCCGAUAAAGGAACUGACUUUUUUGACUGGGAUUUUGAAGAGCUUCAUAAAAGACCAGAUAGAGUAGCCAAAAUUUCCCACAAAAAACGUAAACAUGCCAAUAAAGAUGAUGAUGAAUUUCAGCACUUCCCCUCUUCUAAAGGACUAGAAUCAAGAAAGUCUUCUGUAAGCUCUCGUAUGAAAAGAGUUGUUGAAGGUGAUGAACCAUUUGAUGUUGAGGGUAUAGAACAGUUGUAUCAUCUUUUGGAUGCCAGUGUAGGAAACAGAACAGAGGUAAAAAAUUCAACAAUGGAAAGUUCUGAUGAACCUAUAAUUGAUAUAGGGGAUGAUGAUCUGAGUUUUUUUACAGAAUCUUCUCUUUUUGAAGAGAGAGAGAAACGAGAAACUCCAGCCAGUUUUCAAUUAGGCAUCACAAAUGAAUGUAUACUUUUUGCAAAUGGUAGCAGAAUUUGUUUUGAUGAUAAGUAUUCAAAUCCGAUCGAAUGGCAUGAGAAAAAAGAAAGAGUAGAUCAUAUGAUUAAGAAAGUGAGACAGAAAUUGGAACAUCUCAAA